UUGGAUGAUCUCCCACAUGAUUUGGACACAGCAUUUCGAUAAAUGAGUUGACACAACUUGGGCUGUUUUAGUGUUAUUCCCAUGUGUUGUCGGCAGAGAGCAGCAAAGGGCCCCCCCCCCUCUGUCUGCUGCUUGUGAUGUUCCUCUUUCACCGUGGUUGACAAGGCAAGCUGGUGCACUUCUGGGGAUUAUUAGUCAUUUGACAACAUGUCUCUGUACCGAAAUGCCAUCUGGUUUUUGAACGGAAUCCACCAAUAUACAAGGAAAGGAUAUGAGGCAGCAUUUAAAGACUUUGAGCCCCAAGACCUGGAUGUGUCCGUUGUGGGAAGGUCUUUUAUGAUCACCGGUGCCAAUAGCGGAAUUGGCAGAGCAACAGCCAUGGCUAUAGCCAAGAAAGGUGGGACAGUGCACAUGGUGUGUAGGAACAAAGAUAAAGCAGAAAAGGCCAGGCUGGAGAUCAUCAGUGAGUCUGGGAAUACGGAGGUUUACAUUCAUAUUGUGGACAUGUCAGAGACACGCAAAGUCUGGGAGUUUGCCGAGGCCUUCAAGAAGCAGUAUCCUGCCUUGAAUGUGUUGAUAAAUAAUGCAGGGUGUAUGGUGCACAAGAAAGAGCUUAAUGCCGAGGGCCUGGAGAAGAACUUUGCUACAAACACAAUGGGAGUGUACAUCCUCACCCAGAGUCUCAUACCACUUCUACAGAAGAGCCGGGAUCCAAGGGUGAUCACUGUGUCCUCAGGAGGCAUGCUGGUCCAGAAACUCAGAGUUGAUGACUUGCAGUCAGAGAAGGGCCAGUUUGACGCCGUCAUGGUCUACGCCCAGAACAAGAGACAGCAGGUAGUGCUGACACAACAGUGGGCCAAAGCUCACCCGGUCAUUCACUUUUCUGCCAUGCAUCCAGGCUGGACAGAUACACCAGCUGUUUCUACAUCAAUGCCCCAGUUCCACCAGAUGAUGGGGGAGCGGCUGCGCAGUGUAGAGCAAGGAGCUGACACGGUUGUGUGGUUGGCUUUGUCUAGAGCUGCUGCCAGAACAUGUGGCGGGCAGUUCUUUCAAGAUCGUACGCCAGUUCCUGACCACCUGCCUCUGGCCUGGACUCACAGUUCUGAUGAAGAGAUUCAGAGUUUCAUGACUCAGCUGAAGACUUUGGCCAGAACCAUUAAGUCACAACCUGAUGUAGAGCUCAUUCCUGAACUCAAUCUGUCUGAAUUUUGAUUAAAAUGCUCCAUCAUAUGUAAGUGACCAAAUAAAGCUUUAGCUUAAAUAAGAUCAAUUUCUGAA